AUGAAUGUAAUCAGCCAGGAGAAUUCCCUGGGGAUGGUACGAACCCGAGAUCGAGGCAGAAAUGGUGGAAAAAUCGGAAAAAUAGCUAAAGACAAGGCCCCAAUCAGUCUCAUUCCAAAACAUCGAAUCCCAGAAUAUCAAAAGCCCCUCGUCAAUAUGGGACCCUCAAUUGCCCUGAAGGCCCCCAGGAUACCACGGAAAUCGAACAAUUUUUCCCAAGUGAACACCUCGAGCUCAAAUUCAACCAGAAGAGGUACUCCCCAAUUUUUAUCAACAGACACAAGCAGCGUCACACCAUCAGAGAGUGCCUACGGUGACAAUCACUUUGUAAUCGUGGCUGUGACCUCAGGUCGUGGCCAGGCCAGAGGAGAAGUGGGAAUAGCAGCCAUUGACCUCGAAUAUCCCCACAUAAUCCUGUGUCAAAUGAGUGAUGACAACUCGUACGUCAACGCCUUAACGAAAAUUAAUAUAUUUCGACCUGUCGAGAUCCUCAUACCAGACACCAUGGGGAAGGACCAGAAAGACCCCAACAGCCUCUACACAGCGAUAAGGGCGUGUUUCCCCACCACCGAGAUAACCGAGAUCUCCAGGAUCCACUGGAACGCGGGGUCAGGUCUCGAGAGGAUCCAGACGCACAGCGUAGAGAAGUUCUCGUCGAUCGAGUUGAUUGUCAGGCCCAAGUACUACGCCCUCUCCGCGGUGUGCACCCUCUUCAAGUACAUCGAGAGUAUACAGCAUACAAUCUACACCGAGCGGUCUGUUCGUUUCGAGUACCAGGUGGCUGAGAACGCGACAAUAAUCGAUCUCCAGAGUGCACAGGAUCUGGAGCUGGUUACAAGCAAUGGGAACAGAUCGAAUUUCUGCCUCCUGGGGGCAAUUGAUCGGUGCUCGACCCCAGCUGGAAGGAGACUCCUCAGGGCCUCCAUCCUUCAGCCCCCCAAGGACAUCUCCAUCAUGGAAAAACGUCUCGAUUGCGUCAGCGAACUCAUCUCCAAUAAAUCCCUCUACUCGAUCAUUCACUCUGUCGUCAGGAAACUCUACGGGGUGCAUCGUCUUCUCAAUUUUUCGGUUCAGCAUCCUAAAGGGGAAACCGUUGUUUGCGCCGAGAGGUGUCUCAACUACGCGCUUCUCUUAAAACACACUUUGGAGAUUGUCCCAGAGCUCAAGGCUGCCCUCGACACCACGAUCUCCUCGUUUUUUCGAGGAGUCCUCGAGGACCUGCAGCACGAGGACUUCGAGAUCAUGAAGAAUGAUGUCCUGAGGUUCAUGAGCCCCGACGCUAGGUCGGUCAAGGGCUUCACCUCUUCGACUUACAACCGGUGUUUUGCCAUCAAAUUUGGCAUUUGCGAUACUUUAGAUGUCGUCAGGAAAACUUACUGCGAGCUGAUCGACGACAUGGAGAAGAUGGUCGAGGAAAUCGGUAGGACACAUAAUCUUGGACUUUACCUCGCGUGCUCUUCGACUUUGGGGUAUCACAUGGAGAUGAAGGUGCCGAGAUACUACAAAUUUGACGUUACAAAACUCCCCAAAGAGCUGAUCGAGGCUCACGUUAAAGGAGGAAUUGCCUACAUGACAACUGAAGAUCUCUUCGUGAAGAAUCUGCACUGCAAGGACAACUGUGACGAGAUUCAUCGGAUCAGUACGAUUGUCUUGGGUAAAAUGUUCGACAGGAUAAGAGAACGGAUGAGCUGUCUCUUUCAUUUCAACGACAACAUCGCCGAAUUGGACUUAAUCCUGUCCCUCGCUACCGUCAGCUCAAUCUCCGGAUUCGUGAGACCGACAUUCGGGUCUAGAAUCGACGUGAGGGAUGGCAAACACCCGGUGUUGGAUAUCCUGGGGGACGAGAGUCCCAAGCCCAACGACAUCGUCGCAUCGACUGUCUACAAUUUCCACACAAUUGCUGGACCCAACAUGGGAGGGAAGAGCGUCUACCUGAAGCAGAUUGUUCUGCUGCAGAUCAUGGCCCAGAUCGGGUGCUACGUACCCGCCACUGCAGCCAAGUUCAGGAUUUCUGAUCAUAUCUUCUGUAAAAUGGGUGUGAGGGAUGAUAUCGUGUUCAAUUCGUCGACAUUCAUGAUGGAAAUGAAAGAGGCGCAAUACAUUCUACAAUCCCUCACACCAACGUCUCUGGUAAUUCUCGACGAGCUCUGCAGGAGUACGACAGUCGAAGAGGGUGCGUCAAUAGCCUGGGCAAUCUCCAAGAAGCUGCUGCUCUCUAAAGCCUUCACCUUCAGUGCAACGCACUUCGAGUACCUCCUGAAAAUGGCUGAGCUAUACCCCAACGUGACGAAUCACUACUUGGAGGCAAUCCUCAGAGAGAAUGGUAGUCUCAUCUACACGCACCAGUUGAAACAGGGAGUCCAGAGGAUCCAGAAUUACGGUCUGAUCCUGGCGCGAUCGACAGGACUCCCCGAAGACGUUCUGGCAGAUGCCGAUCGCAUUCUGCGACAAAUCGAGGAGUCAAUGGAUUCGAAUCCACCUUCCGCAGCUCCUGAGGAGCCAAAUGCGCUCACUGACUCCAAAAUCAAACGAAAUUACGACAGGUUGGCUGAGGUGUUCAGCAAACUUGAGGAGAACCACGAAGUUCCGGACGAGGAGAUUUACGAUUUGAUUCGAGGGCUUGAAUCCAUCAGCUACGAUGAUCUCCCCCCAGAGGAUGCAAAUUCUUGCCCUCAGGGGGAUAAUUCAAGUAGUGAAACGUCAGGAUUGUAUAGUGCAGGUCCCAAGGACUCGACGACUUCGCGAAGCCUCAGUCAGUCUGAAACACCAGCGGGAACUUCGUCUAACCGGACGUCCGCAAAUUCUGUUUCUCAGACGAGGAAAAAUACCAAGAGACACGUGACGUUCUCUCCAGCAUUGGAGUUAAAGCCUCCAAAAGCUAAAAUUUCAAAGCUCCAGGGGUUCACAACUUCCAGCCCAUCCACCAGACAACCUCUGGCGACGAUGAAUCCACCUCCAGAUGUUAAUUCACCCUUCAAAGUCCCUCAGAAACCAAUCCUGAAGAAGUGCUUGACCGAAGACCCAGAGUCGCCUUUCUUCAUUCCGAGGAGUCAGCAAAGCGGUAAAACACUGUACAUGAGCUCCUCAAGCCAGAACUCCUCUGGGAGUUUUGUCGAGCCAUUGAGAAAGGAUGGUCAACAAGACAAUCUUCGUAAACUCCAAUCCCUGACGGCCAGACGGGGUGGAGUGGUCAAGAAGAAGAGCAGUUUGAUGGAUAUGAUGCCGAAAAAUGUCCACCAUUUAUUUCCUUCGAUGAGAGCUUCUCUGCAAGGAUCCAGGAACUUGGCGAUGAGCAGUCAACCAGUGCCGCAGACAUCAUACAGUCCAGAUGUAAUUGCCUCACUGCCAAAAUCCCUGAGGCCCGUGGGGGAUGACACCUUCUUCCCUCCGGAAUUCAGCCACCUGAGGCAUCUGGCUAAGAACAUCUACGACGAAGACGAAGGCGAUCCUCGGUUGCUCAAUCAGUAUUACUUCAUGUCGAAGACUGUAAAGAGAACCCCAGGGAGCAGCACCAAUGAGUCGGAGGGAAUGGAAAGAAUCACAUCUCCUUCAUUCACUAAUUUCUCUCCAGUCUUCAAUGAUGAGGCGGGGGCGGAUGAUGCUGGGAGGUUUGCGAUGGGGAAUACCCUGCAGGAUCCCAUAGAUCCUGGUGUAAUGAUUGUCUUGACUAGUGAGAGCGAGGAAGACGAGGACAAUUGCUCGAUGAGCUCCAUCGAGGCCAGGAUUGCUGUUACUAAAAAAGAAGCUGCGAUCUUCAGGCAAAUCGAGGGAAAUAAUUUUGAUGAAACCAAGUUCCUCGAGGAUCUCCAGAAGCAUUUGCAGUAGACGAGAGAGGCGUAUCUCAACGAUUUUUAUUAAUCCCAUCAUUCCCAAUUAUUUCCAGUCAUUAUCAUUUUUUUUACUACCCACGGAGUAUUACAGGAAUUGAUAUCUCCAUAAUUGAAUAAAAUUCUCGACACGUCCAUUUUAUUAAUAAUUAUGAAAUUGUUGUAUAUUGUGGGCGAUUGAU